AUGAUUACUUCAUUCUUACUCCUAUCCAUAUGCGUCGCGAUAGUAUCGGCGCUACCAUCAGCUCUUCAACCUCGCCAAUCAUGGACAUUAGGGUACUGGGCGCACGAAUUGACGGAGUUUGGGUGUAAGCCCAUAAUAUUCAUCUGGGCUAAGGCGACCAUUGAACCUGGGAACAUGGGAAAUACAGUUGGGCCGCAAUUGUCUGAUGGACUCAAGGUGUUAUUCGGGCCAGCGAACGUUGCAACUCAGGGGGUAGAUUAUUGGGGCUUCAUUGAGACGAACUUCUACCCCGGUGGAGCGCCGCCUUGGGGAAUCUACGAUAUGCAAUUGCUGUUAAAUGCGGCCGCGACAUGUCCAGACUCGAAAAUUGUUGCUGCCGGAUACAGUCAAGGAGCGGCUCUCACGCACCGGGCCGUCGAAGGAUUAACCCAAGAGGUCAAGGAUAAAAUUAUAGCGGUGGUGACGUUUGGGGAUACGCAAGCAUGGCAGGAUGGUGGUCGAAUCAAGAACUUUGACACGAACCGAACGCUCAUCAUCUGCAACGCGGGCGACGCCGUAUGCACUGGCACUCUAUACGUCUUCCCUGUGCACUACGAUUACGUGAAAUGGGUACCAACCGCGGCUUACUAUCUCGCUACGAAACUGAUGGACGAUGCGGCAAUAAAACCUUGGCCUAAUGGAAGCUUUGUGUGGCCUAAUGUUACUAUCCCGGGCGUCCCACCGAUCCCAGCGCCACCUCAACCGCCCGACGCCGUUCCGCUUUCGCUACCGCCGCUUCCAACACCGACGAAGGGGUCAAAUUCUGGAUAUAUGAGUUCGCAAUUUACUUAG